GGCAGUAAGUGUCGGUGGUUUUUGGUCGUUUUGUUUUCCGUUCGUUUCGUUUUAGAGCAACACUUGCUGCUGCUAGCAAAUGCUACCACGCUGCUAAAACUGCUAGAUGAGCGAUAAAUACGGUCAAACAUCACAUCCAUAUUGCAACCCUCCUGCUGGAGAGUGAUUGAUUUGUAGAGGCUACCAAACUAUAGCGCCAACCACUAUGAGCAUCUUCACGGGUAACUGCAAGUGUUCCUACACGGUAGGGCUGGUUGGUCUGAGCGUAUGUGGCUUUCUGCUAUCGCUGUACACAUCCUACGUUGAGCUGCGUGCCGAACAUGAUCAUUCCUACCGUGCGAUGUGCGACAUUAGCGAACGCGUCAGCUGCACUAAGGUGUUCACCUCAAGGUAUGGACGUGGAUUUGGCAUUGUUGGACCAGUCCUUGGCGAUGAUUCACUCCUGAACGUCCCGAACGGGUUCUACGGCAUCUUUUAUUACUUUAUCGUGGCGGCUUUCAGCUUCAGCGACCUUUUAUUCAUCUCCCGGCUCAACAGCUACCUGAUACUACUAUCCAACUGUCUGUCACUGUACCUAGCGUAUCUGCUCUACUACAUCUUGGAGGACAUGUGUAUCGUGUGCGUUACCACGUACGCGGUCAACUUCAUCAGCCUAAUACUGGCGCUUCAGAAAAUCCAGGUUCUGAUCCGGGACGAACAGAUAAUGCGCGCCUUCAAAGUUAGCAAGUCCAAGUAGGAAGUAUCAACUAAAGCCCAAAUUGUGUUUACGUUUCAUUUGUUCGCAAAUUUUAGUAAAUGUUUGUUAAACAAAUGCGAACGCACGGGUACCUCAUGAAACCUCACGAAAGCAUUUAGCAGUUUAGGAUUGGAUUUCUUAUUGCUUCAUCGUUAUCUCGUUCCUAGCAGUUUAAUGCUUUUCUAGUUCUCUGUGCCAAAAAAAAGCUAUUUAAAUAGCGAGAUGGUUCAAUGUUUGUG